CUUUUUUCCAACGUCACAACCGUCAAUCACACAAAUCGCAGGACUCGAAGAUCCAGUCGCCGCCCAACCUAGCGGUUAAAUUGAUUGACAUCUCGUGUUCUUACAUCUUCAACUCUCAGUAAGCCGGGUCCCCGCUGCGAGUGACGAAUCCCCUCCGUGGUCGCUGACAUUCGAAUCGCAUAGCAAAUAAUUCAAAAUGAAGCACCUCGCAGCUUACCUUCUCCUCGGCCUCGGCGGCAACACCUCCCCGUCGGCUUCCGAUAUCACGAGCGUCCUCGAUUCCGUCGGUAUCGAGGCCGAUAGCGACCGCCUUGAGACCCUUCUCAAGGAGCUCAAGGGCAAGGACAUCAACGAGUUGAUCGCUGAGGGUUCCUCCAAGCUCGCUUCGGUUCCGUCUGGCGGUGCUGGUGGUGCCGCUCCUGCUGGUGGUGCCGCUGCCGCUGGCGGUGCCGCCGCUGAGGCUCCUAAGGAGGCCGAGAAGGUUGAGGAGAAGGAAGAGUCUGACGAGGACAUGGGUUUCGGCCUCUUCGACUAAGCGUCUCGCGACGAUCCAGCGUUCAGUACCUACACGGGAUGUUUCGCAGACAUGUCUCAUGCUUCGCGAGGGCUCGCGCGCUCUUCGAAGGCUUCGGUGGAUAUUGGAGUUCAUGUGUCUACAACCGAGGUAUGGCUGCCAAGGUUCGACUCCAUAUAGACGACAAAUAAACCAUCGAUGACAAGUUGCCUCCAGA